GUAGUUUUACUUGGGUGUUCACAAGUUGCCGAGACACCGCACCGUUAACUUCGCGUUCGACGUUUUAAGUUUUAUCCAAAGUUUGUUAUUUGUUAUUUUUAUCAUCGGAUUUAUGACACGCGUGUGUUUACAAUAAAUAUCACUAUCGCAAUCGCUGGUAUUUUUCGUCUUUCAACACUCGAUGAUAAACUGGAUUUUGCUUCAAUAAACAAAAUAAUAAUAAUAAUGAUAAAUAAUUAUUAUUUUUGAAAAAGUGAAGUGUUAUAUCGGAGCGGUGAAAUUUUUAAGUGACUCAUUGUUAUCACGAGUGUUAUCAACAAACCUCGUGGAUGAUUAUAAGCCAAUAAUAAGAUUUCUCUAGAUCAUAGAAUUUACUAGAGUGUAAUUGUAUGAAAAGUAUAUUGUUCGUACAGACAUUUAUAUAAAUAUUAAAUAUAACACUGAGGAUUAAUGUGGAGUUACAUAAAUUUUUGAUUCCUAGUUGACAACUUGCUCAGGCGAGGAAUUAGCAGCCUACGUCUGAACGAGGCGAGGCCUUUCGCUGGUUUCGCAAGAGUUAAAUUUUAAAAAAGCUAAAUAAUAAAAAGAAUUAAAGCGGAAGUUUCUUUAAAAAAAAGUUUUACUGUUUAAGUUAAAAAAAAAAACGUUUGGUUAAAUAAUAAGUAAAAGUUUAAAAUUCCGAUGGUGCGAAGUCUUACGAUGGAGCCGACGUUUUACGAGGAGCCGAUUUACGGUAAUGGAAAUCGUGAUAAUCUGGGACAAUUAAAACGUAAUUUGACGUUAGAUUUAAAUGGACAACGUCAACAACAACAAAAUAAAAGGCCACGACUUGGGCCACUACCAACGGUACUUAAUAAUUGUACAUCUGUAUUAAGUUCACCGGAUCUUCAUAUGUUGAAAUUGGGAUCCCCAGAAUUAGAAAAAUUAAUAAUCGCCCAACAGGACGGUCUUGUUACGACGAUGCCAACACCGACAAAUCAAAUUCUUUUUCCCCGAACGGUCACCGAAGCCCAGGAAUUGUACGCACGUGGUUUUGUUGAUGCACUUAAUGAAUUGCAUCAUUCAGACAGUUCCCAAGAACCCGGAAGUAUUCACGGCGCGACUUACACGACAUUGGAACCACCCAGUAGUGUCCAGAGCACGGAAUCCCUGUCUCAGAGUUUGAUAAUGAUUAAAGAUGAGCCGCAAACGGUACCGAGUGUCAGCAGUUCGCCUCCAAUGUCACCCAUAGACAUGGAGAGUCAGGAAAAAAUAAAAUUGGAAAGAAAACGGCAGCGCAAUCGUGUCGCGGCUUCAAAAUGUCGAAGACGUAAAUUAGAAAGAAUUUCAAGGCUUGAGGACAAGGUCAAGUUGCUCAAAGGUGAAAACACGGAAUUGAGUACUGUCGUACACAAACUGAAGGAACACGUGUGUCGUCUUAAAGAACAGGUGAUGGACCACGUGCACUCUGGGUGUCACAUUGCCGGUAUUCCUGUACAAUAUUAAGAUUUAAAUCAAUAUCUGUAUUAUAUUAUUAUAAUUAAAUCAAGAAGAAAUCAGCUUAUUAACACACAGAAUCUCAUUGGCUUGAGGUUUUGGAUGCUAUCAAAGACAUACGUUAGUGCUCUAACCAACUGAAUUUAUUUAAAUUCAAAUCAACUGUAAAUCAACAUCAUUUUUUACCGUUAAAUUGUAAUUGAUGAAUUAGAACCUCAAGACAUUCAGCGAUCGCACUAAUUAAGAUCAUCUUGAACUCAAGAUUAACGUGGAUUUUAGUCAGUUAAAUAUGUCUGAGUGAAAAGGAAGUGCCUUUAAGUGGUAUGCUGAAUAUUACGAAAAAUAAAAAAAUAGUACUAAUCUACUUUAAAUAAUAAUAUAUAGAGAUUGUAAUAAAAAAGAAACCAGUGAAUUUAUCUCUGUCCAUGCUAUCUUGCACGUACGCGAUUGUGACGUUUUUUCUAGUAGGAGGAGCUGAAAAGAUCGAGAGAGAAGGAAUAUAUAUUGAGAAUAAAAAAUAUUAGCUUGAGAAAGAGGGAGGGGAAAAAAUAAUGUGCGAUGAUGGAAGUCGAGAGGGGACGGUGGCCAUUUUGGAGAACAUGAUGUAGUAAAAAGACAUCUGAUCUACAGUAUGAACAUAUAUUUUUUAAAUAUAUUUUGUUUAUCAUUUAUUUAUUUAUUAAAUUAACAAGUUGAUUUUAUUUUAUUUAAUUGUUUCUCGGGAGCGCUGUCUCCGUGUUGAACUUUAUAUAUUUUCUCUUUUCUGUGUAUGAUUUUGUUUGGAUGUUACGUAAGUUAUAGAAUACGGGGACUCUUGUUUAUAUGCACGCAGAUUUUGUAGUCAAAAUUAUGUCCAUGUUCUAAUUAACAAAUUCUCUAAUUCCAUUUCUGAAAAUUCUCCAUUUAUGCGAAAAAAAAGUAAUUUAAAAAAUUUUUUUAUCUAACAAUUAAUUCCAUGUCUAGUAUACAUAAUAAUUUUUGUCUAUGUUACUCAAAUAAUAUUUUUAUCACGAUUACUAUCUGAAAAUUGCACAGAAUCGCCUACUUAAAAAUGUUAAGUUAGACAAUUUGCUAAUUAGAACAAUGUUCAUUAUUAUUAUUAAUUUUUUUUUUUUAAUUAGUGAUACAGUUUAUUAAUUUUUACCAUAAACUAUACAGAUGGUUUAAAUUUUAUUACAAAAUAUUCUGCGCGCGCAUCUAGUCUUGUUUAAUUCUCAUGCUACAGCCAUAUGCAGAAAUUAUGAAAAUGGUUAAUUUUUUUUUGUUUUAUUAGUUUAUUAUUAUUAUUGUAUUAUUAUUAUUAUUAUUAUUAUUAAUUGAUUGAUUAAUUAAUUAAUUAACUGAUUAAUUAUUACACACAAUGGAGACGUUAAUGGUCCGCAUUUAGUCCAAGACUUGAAUCGACUAUACAUAAACGUUUUUUUUUUUUUUAUUAUCAUCCGAAUCAUAAUGGUCUUUGUAAUUUAAUAUAUGUACGGCUGUUAUUAUUUACUGGAUAAGAGUACAAUGACCUUCGUUGUACUUAUUAUUAUUAUUAUUAUUAUUGCUAUUAAUAAUAUAAUAUUAUUAUUAUGUUGAGUUUUAAAAGAUUUACGAUAUUGAUAUUAAUACUGUUUUUUUUUCUUUUUUUUUUCAACAAACUGUUAUAUUUUGAAAUAAAAAUAAGUCUUGGAUUUAACGCGUUACCAUUCACGCCUACAGUGCAUAGAAAAUAAGUCAUAAGGUUACGAGUAUUUAACCUUCGGUUUUGAUUAACGAACCCGCAUUUUUUUAUUUUUUUUUUUUUUUUUUGUAUAAAUUCAAACACCAUUUGGUUAAUAAUUUUUUUUUUGUUUAUUGAAAGUAUUUUUUUAAAAUUAAAAAAUUUUUUUUGUUACUAUAAAUAUAUAAAUCAAAAUAAUCGUUGCAAUAUUUAUGUUUGUUGUGCAAUUUAGUUAAAUUUUUUUUUGCAAACAUUAAAUUUAAAAAAAAAAAAAAUUUUUUUACAAAAAUAAAAACUGUGCGUUUGCAGUAUAAAAAAUGAGGAACUAUUUUUUUUUUAAUGCAAUGCACAAUUAAAUGCAAUUCAGUCCAUACUGCGUGCCUUUAUUUGUACGUUUUAAAAAUAAAAAUGGAAAGUAAAAGAAAAGAUAAAAUAAAAAUCUCCUAUUUUUGAGUAAUUUAAAAAUUGACAUGAUAAAUAAAUAACAAAGUAAUUGUAAUAAUAAUAAAAUAAUGUUUAAUUUAUAAGAAUGCGUGUGUGUGUGUUUUGUAUAUGAAGAAUAGAAGAGAGAAACCGAUAAUGAUAUUAACAACACGAAGCGAGCGCUUGUGAGAAACGUCUGUUGCACAAACGUAUGAAAGUAAAUUUAAAGAAAGCCACUUGUGAUUUAGUGUUUAAGAUAUAUUAUAUAUAUAUAUACAUAUAUGUAUAUUAAUUAAAUAAUAUAAGAAAAAAGAAGUAAUGAAUUAAACCAACCCCAUAGACUAUUUCUGUUAAUUAAACAGUGAAUUUAGUACUAAUUAAAUAAUUUAACUAUUCAAAAAUACCUUCACUGUAGUUGCUUAACAUUAUUAAUAAUAAGAGUAAAUAUUACUUUAUUAUUAUUUCAAUAAUAAUAUAAUGUAAUUGAGUAAUUAAUUAAUUAUUAGUAGUAAUUAUUAUUAUUAUGUAAUAACUAUAAAUAUUAUAAAUAUUACACAAGAAAUAUGUUAUAUAUCGAUAAAUGAAGAUGACCUUUUUUUACGAAU